CGGCUCCUCCCCCGACCUCAUAAAGACAAGCUAGUCAGCUCAUUCGCUAGUGCUAACUAAACUGCGGAACCAGAUCACUGGUACAAUGCGUUUUGUCGUCAUUCGUGGCUUGAAGUUGAGGAUGCAGGGUUAAUACGAAGGCCUUCCCCAUCUCCGAGUGUUUUGCUACAGCUGAGUUAGCUUACGUUGACAAUGUUACGGUCACAAGUUGCUUCUUAAGUUAGCUAGUUGCGUCGUUUGACAGCUAACGCUAGCUAAGCUAGUUAGCUAGUCUCAUUUGUAUUCGACACCAGUUUCAAAACAAAGCCCGCAAAAUCGAGAAGUUGAGAGUCAGCCUGUCACCUGCAGACGAGCUAGCUACAAGACAGCUAAGUUAGGUUGAAGUCCGUCUGACGGCCGUAGAAAGGCGGCGUUGUCCGGUCAACGUUAACUUUAGCGUUUGCUGCACUGUUUCUGCUCACUUAGUUCGCUGACGUUAAGUUUAAAAAGCUAUUUGCAGGUUUUUACCGUGGCGCAUUUGACUCAUUAUCAGCUACGUGGUUCACUAAUUUACAGCUCAUUAAACUUUGCCUCAAAUCAUUUGCAACUAAAUGUCUGAAAAGAGUUCAUCAUCGGGCUCAGAUGAGGAUGUGGACCCAGAAUCUGGACAGCCUGUGGAGUUUGGAGGCGUCUUAAGCAAGUGGACAAACUACAUCCACGGAUGGCAGGACCGAUGGGUGGUGCUGAAAAACAACACGCUAAGCUAUUACAAGUCAGAGGAUGAACGGGAGUAUGGCUGCAGGGGCUCUCUCUGUCUCAGCAAGGCUGUAAUGACACCUCAUGAGUUUGACGAGUGUCGUUUUGACAUCAGUGUGAAUGACAGCGUUUGGUAUCUCAGAGCCGAAGACCCGGAGCACAGACUGCAGUGGAUUGAGUCGAUAGAGCUGCACAAGGCUGAGUCGGGUUACGGUUCAGAAACCAGCCUAAGGCGUCAUGGUUCCAUGUUGUCCCUCACCUCAGCAGCCAGUGUCUUGUCUGCCACGUCCACAUCCUCCUUCAAGAAGGGCCACAGCUUGCGAGAAAAGCUGGCAGAAAUGGAGACCUUCCGGGACAUUCUGUGCAGACAAGUGGACACCCUGCAGAAAUACUUUGACUCCUGCGCUGACGCUGUCUCCAAAGAUGAGUUUCAGAGAGACAGAGUAGUGGAGGAGGACGAAGAUGACUUCCCCACCACCACACGGCCUGAUGGUGACUAUCUUCACAACAACAACGGCAGCAAAGAGAAAUUGUUUCCCCCCGCCAGUCCCAAAGGUAUCAACGGUAUUGACUUCAAGGGUGAGGCCAUCACGUUCAAGGCCACCACAGCAGGGAUCCUGUCGACCCUGUCCCACUGCAUCGAGCUGAUGGUCAAACGAGAGGACAGCUGGCAGAAGAGACUGGACAAGGAGCUAGAGAAGAGGAGAAGGGUUGAGGAUGCCUACAAGUCCGCUCUGAAUGAACUGAAGAAAAAGUCACACUACGGAGGCCCAGACUACGAGGAGGGACCCAACAGUCUGAUCAAUGAGGACGAGUUCUUCGAUGCUGUGGAAGCUGCUCUGGACAGACAGGACAAGAUAGAGGAGCAGUGUCAGUCAGAAAAAGUCAGGAUACCUCGCCUAACUCCUGUUCCUCCUGGAGAGGCUUACUCAACCAUCGGCACACACCGAUUCGCCACCAAGCCCCAUAGCCAUUCCUCCUCCCUGUCCUCCUCCGUUGAACUAGUCAGUGCCUCAGAUGACAUUCACAGAUUCAGCACCCAGGUGGAGGAGAUGGUGCAGAAUCACAUGACUUACUCUCUUCAGGACGUGGGCGGCGAUGCCAACUGGCAGCUCGUAAUCGAGGAGGGGGAGAUGAAGGUGUACAGGAGAGAGGUGGAGGAGAACGGCAUCGUCUUAGAUCCUCUCAAAGCCACACACGCUGUGAAAGGGGUGACAGGACACGAGGUCUGCCACUACUUCUGGGACACAGCUGUCCGAAUGGACUGGGAGACCACCAUCGAAAACUUCAACGUAGUGGAAACACUUUCAGAUAACGCCAUCAUAGUCUACCAGACGCACAAGCGAGUGUGGCCGGCCUCCCAGAGAGACGUGCUCUAUCUGUCAGCCAUCAGGAAGAUCUUGGCAACCAACGAGAAUGAUCCUGACACAUGGCUAGUCUGCAACUUUUCUGUGGAUCAUGACAACGCCCCUCCCACCAACCGGUGUGUUCGUGCCAAAAUCAAUGUUGCCAUGAUCUGCCAGACGCUGGUCAGCCCACCAGAGGGCGACAAAGAGAUAAGUAGAGACAACAUCCUCUGCAAGAUCACCUAUGUUGCCAAUGUUAACCCAGGAGGCUGGGCCCCUGCUUCGGUCCUCAGAGCCGUGGCCAAGAGGGAGUACCCCAAGUUCCUGAAACGCUUCACCUCUUACGUCCAGGAGAAGACUGUCGGCAAGCCCAUCCUCUUCUGAACAUAAAGAGGUGUGAGGAGGGAGGCGGUCGCCCUUUGGAGAGACAUUUCUCACCGACUACAUCACCCAAACGUCUGUCCAUCAGAAUGUGUAGUCAAACUACAUCCCCCAGGAUACCAUGCCACCCAACCAGGACGUCCCAAAGGACACUUAUGUACAGAAAAGAGUGGUUUACGGCUUUAACCCAUCAGUAGUUUUCAUCCCAGCCACAUUAACAGCUUAACACCAUCUGCUGGCUAUGGAUAUACCAUUUGUAUGUAAAUUCGAGAAUUUCCUAAGUGGUUUUUGAAUCGUUGUUACCAAUUAUUUGCUUAAUGUAAAUUGUUUUGUACAUUUCUUAUAAUUACAUACUUUCUGACUUGGGUUUGCUUUAAUCACUAGUAUAACAGCUUCUUGUCUUGCUGCUAAAAAAAAAAAAGUUGCUACCAUGAGAGAGGAAAAGAGAUGAUAUUGACAGGGGAAGCAGUGAUGAGGUUGUGGUACAAGUGUCUCCUCUUUCUCGCCUUCUCCUGUCCCUCUAGUGAUGACUUCCUCUGUAGUUUGAUGGAGGGUCAGAGCCUAAAGCUUUGAACACGUUUUUCUCGGAGAUCUUUAUAUUUCUAGAUUGUUAUAAAGUAGUUUUCAGAGAGCACUAUGGACACAAAGUAUUGUACAGAGAAGAACAGAAUACGUUUGCCAGGGUGUGAAAUGUGAAUUGACUGUUAAGGCUUGAAUUUGAUGACAAUAAUGGGUGUCAGAAACUAGUUCAAGAACAUUUGCCAAGUUGGGAUCAGUCACUCUCGUUGGGCAGUCCAUUUGACACGGUCGAGUUGAACAUAAAUAAUCUGUGUGAUGUAGUUGAUCGUGGUCUAUAGACACUAAGUUGUGGUUAGUGUGUUCCUGUCUUUUUCCUCCAUGUAGCACAUGGGUUUUGACAGACAUUUUCAAUUAACCAGCUGCAGCAUCUGAGAUAAGAUUAGUCUCUCUUUCAUUGAGAGAUGAGUGGGUGAUUUUUUUUUUCAUACUUAAGGUUCUUUUUUUUUGCCCCUGAUGACGCAGUGAAACACCAUUCUGUCCAACUUUGAGUGUACAUUUUGAUAAUUAAAUGCCUUUGCCUCACUAUUGUGUGCGCCAAGGGCUAAAUCGAAUCCUGCUGCUGUUUGUUUGGGAUAAGGCCAAGAGAUGUUGAUUGGGAUUUCAUCUGCACCCCCCGCCCGCCUCCCCCCGCCCUCAGUCAUACUGUAACAUUACAUUUCACAUACUGUACAAUGCGAAGCAGUGACAUCCCUGCCCUUUGACUGAUAAACAGCCCCCAAAAAUGCCUUACACACCAGGAGGGACCCUAACAAUCCUGGCUAUCUCUACUGUACAGCCACCAGAUGUGCAUUUAUCAACAGACACUGAAAUGAAGUGGGGGUAAGGGUCAGCAUUUCACAUCAUCUUACCUCAAGAUUUUUUUUUUAUUUACUCUAGAUUGUUUUCUGUCAUCUACAUUUGGGAUUGUUUUUUUGUUUUGUUUUUUGUUUUUGUUUUGUUUUGCAAUCAGUAGGUCUGUAUGGUUGAGAAUUCUCCAGUCAGAUUCUUAGUCUAAAUGGUGAGAAGUUAGAAAUGAUGUGGAUAAUUGUUUUGCUGAUGAUUAGAAGAGCAAAGUCUACCAAGCAGCAUGAGCUGAAGAAUGCAUUUAGCGUUUUUAAUUUUGAUAUUUUGUCAAGGAAAUCUACACACUUUGUAUAUUUCUAAGUUGUACAUCAGAAGUGUUAUUAUUUGCACUAAAUGUAAUGCAAUUUGACAAUGUUAUGUAAAUUAAAAUUGUUACACAACAGAAACAA